GCCCACUCAACAGAUGAUGAAGACGAGGACGAUGACAGCAACACCCAAUCUGCUGAGAUGGGCCUGGGAAUCAGGGCUGAACUUUACAAGCUCAACAUCUACAGCGGACCUUCUGGCAAAUUCAGAGCGCACGUAGAUACUCCUCGUAGUGAGACUCAGAUCGGCAGCCUGGUUGUGUGCUUGCCCUCUGCGUUCGAAGGCGGCAUUCUGUCUGUGUCUCAUCAGGCAAAUACGGUCGGAUUCGACUGGUCAGCUUCCUCCCCGGCUAGCCAGACACCUUCCAUCCAAUGGGCAGCAUUCUAUUCUGAUUGCUGCCACGAGGUACAAGAAGUCACCGCUGGUCACCGUGUCACCUUGACGUACAACUUGUAUGCCUCGCGUGGUAGUGGCUUCCUGGCUGGACAAAAGCACAGCAUGGAUGCUACCCACCUUCCAACAUACCAACCUCUCAUCAAUCUGCUCCGAUCUCGCACUUUCAUGGCCGAAGGUGGAUCCAUGGCAAUUGGACUUGCCCAUGCUUAUCCUUAUACACAUGCUCUCAUGCAUCGACAACUGCCUAGCGCUCUCAAAGGAGCAGACAUGAUGCUUUACGAGGUCUUACUGGCACUGAACUUACGGGCCGAGUUGAUCCGUGUAAUGGACUUGCCUGAGGAGGCUGCUGCAAAGCGUGAGUUCGACGCUUACUGUCGUGACAGUGAUCAAAGUGAUGAUGAGUCCAUGGACGAGCCUUGUGACGGAGAUACCUUCUACCAGCUUGGAUUCGAGGCAAUGCAAUUGGAGUUUGCGUAUCUUGCAUACGGGAACAACGCAUCCAUGGCGACCAAAUACAGCAGGGCUGCUAUCGUUGUCAGCAUUCCCUCCUUGCAACAGAGGCUCCGCAUGCUUGGAAACCAGAACAAGGGGCUAUCUAUGUAA